UCUCAACCCCAAAAUAUGUCUCGCGAAACCUACCAGGUCCCCUCGAUGGGCACCCAGAACAACUUCGACACCCAAGCCGGAGGUUUCGGUAACGCCAUGGCCAUCGACAGCCCCUCAGUCACCUACCUGUGCGGCGAGUGCUCUGCCCGUGUUCCCCUCAAGCGUGGCGACCAGAUUCGCUGCAAGGACUGCGGUCACCGUGUGCUGUACAAGGAGCGUACCAAGCGUAUGGUCCAGUUCCAGGCUCGGUAGAUGUUUCAUUUACUCCAACAAAAAUCGGGACGUUUGGAGGUUGCGAUGGCUCAAGCGGAAUCGAAGGAAUUGGCCUGAGAUCCUUCGAAGUCUUUAUUUUAUUUUUAUUUUUUGACGAAUUAUGC